AUGGUUGAGGACAGUCCUCCCCAGCGCCACAGUCCUCCCCAGCUCCACAGUCCUCCCAGCUCCACAGUCCUCCCCACAGUCCUCCCCAGCUCCACAGUCCUCCCCAGCUCCACGGUCCUCCCCAGCUCCACAGGCUCCACAGUCCUCCCCAGCUCCACGGUCCUCCCCAGCUCCACAGGCUCCACAGUCCUCCCCAGCUCCACAGUCCUCCCCAGCUCCACAGGCUCCACAGUCCUCCCCAGCGCCACAGUCCUCCCCAGCUCCACAGUCCUCCCCAGCUCCACAGGCUCCACAGUCCUCCCCAGCUCCACAGUCCUCCCCAGCUCCACAGGCUCCACAGUCCUCCCCAGCUCCACAGUCCUCCCCAGCUCCACAGGCUCCACAGUCCUCCCCAGCGCCACAGUCCUCCCCAGCUCCACAGUCCUCCCCAGCUCCGCAGUCCUCCCCAGCUCCGCAGUCCUCCCCAGCGCCACAGUCCUCCCCAGCUCCACAGGCUCCACAGUCCUCCCCAGCGCCACAGUCCUCCCCAGCGCCACACUCCACAGUCCUCCCCAGCUCCACAGGCUCCACAGUCCUCCCCAGCUCCACAGUCCUCCCCAGCUCCACAGUCCUCCCCAGCUCCACAGUCCUCCCCAGCGCUACAGUCCUCCCCAGCGCCACAGUCCUCCCCCAGCGCCACAGUCCUCCCCAGCUCCACAGGCUCCACAGUCCUCCCCCAGCUCCACAGGCUCCACAGUCCUCCCCAGCUCCACAGUCCACCCCCCCCAGCUCCCCACAGUCCUCCCCAGCUCCACAGUCCUCCCCAGCUCCACAGGCUCCACAGUCCUCCACCCCAGCUCCACAGUCCUCCUCCCCAGCAGUCCUCCCCAGCUCCACAGUCCUCCCCAGCUCCAGUCCAGUCCUCCCCAGCUCCACAGGCUCCACAGUCCUCCCCAGCUCCACAGUCCUCCCCAGCUCCACAGGCUCCACAGGUCUCCCCAGCUCCACAGUCCUCCCCAGCCCACAGGCUCCACAGGGCUCCACAGUCCUCCCCAGCAGGCCACAGUCCUCCCCAGCUCCACAGUCCUCCCCAGCUCCACAGUCCUCCCCAGCUCCACAGUCCUCCCCAGCUCCACAGGCUCCACAGUCCUCCCCAGCUCCACAGUCCUCCCCAGCUCCACAGGCUCCACAGGUCUCCCCAGCUCCACAGUCCUCCCCAGCUCCACAGGCUCCACAGGUCUCCCCAGCUCCACAGUCCUCCCCAGCUCCACAGGCUCCACAGUCCUCCCCAGCGCCACAGUCCUCCCCAGCUCCACAGUCCUCCCCAGCUCCGCAGUCCUCCCCAGCUCCGCAGUCCUCCCCAGCUCCACAGGCUCCACAGGUCUCCCCAGCUCCACAGUCCUCCCCAGCUCCACAGGCUCCACAGUCUCCCCAGCUCCACAGUCCUCCCCAGCUCCCCAGCUCCACAGUCCACCCCAGCUCCACAGUCCUCCCCAGCUCCACAGUCCUCCCCAGCGCCACAGUCCUCCCCAGCUCCACAGUCCUCCCCAGCGCCACAGUCCUCCCCAGCUCCACAGGCUCCACAGUCCCCCCAGCUCCACAGUCCCCAGCCCCCAGCUCCACAGUCCACCCCAGCUCCACAGGCUCCACAGUCCUCCCCAGCUCCACAGUCCUCCCCAGCUCCACAGGCUCCCCAGCCUCCCCAGUCCCCCAGCUCCACAGUCCCCCCAGCUCCACAGUCCUCCCCAGCUCCACAGUCCUCCCCAGCUCCACAGGCUCCACAGUCCUCCCCAGCUCCCCAGCUCCACAGUCCUCCCCAGCUCCACAGUCCUCCCCAGCUCCACAGUCCUCCCCAGCGCACAGUCCUCCCCAGCUCCCCAGCUCCACAGUCCUCCCCAGCGCCACAGUCCUCCCCAGCGCCACAGUCCUCCCCAGCUCCACAGUCCUCCCCAGCGCCACAGUCCUCCCCAGCUCCACAGUCCUCCCCAGCUCCACAUUCCUCCCCAGCGCCACAGUCCUCCCCAGCGCCACAGUCCUCCCCAGCGCCACAGUCCUCCCCAGCUCCACAGGCUCCACAGUCCUCCCCAGCUCCACAGGCUCCACAGUCCUCCCCAGCUCCACAGUCCCCCCCAGCUCCACAGUCCUCCCCAGCGCUACAGUCCUCCCCAGCUCCACAGGCUCCACAGUCCACCCCAGCUCCACAGUCCUCCCCAGCUCCACAGUCCACCCCAGCUCCACAGGCCUCCCCAGCUCCACAGUCCAUCCCAGCUCCACAGGUCUCCCCAGCUCCACAGUCCAACCCAGCUCCACAGUCCACCCCAGCUCCACAGGUCUCCCCAGCUCCACAGGCUCCACAGUCCACCCCAGCUCCACAGUCCACCCCAGCUCCACAGUCCUCCCCAGCUCCACAUUCCACCCCAGCUCCACAGUCCAACCCAGCUCCACAGUCCAACCCAGCUCCACAGUCCACCCCAGCUCCACAGUCCAACCUAG